AGGAUCACAUGCUACAGUAUAAAGAAAUAGCACAAGUGAAUGAAGUUGCAUUGAAGCAAAUUGAAUUUGCUCAUGAAAAAUUCAAAGCUGAGGUACAUCCCUGUAUCUUCAACCUCAUUUGUUUGAAAGUUGCAAUUCCUAUUUUCAGUGUUUUUUUUUUUUUUGUCUUUCUUUCUUUUGAGAUGUGUACAAAGGCAUGCUUGUUUGAUUGUGUCUACAAAUGCUAUUUUAUACAGGCUGACAAGCUAAAGAAGUCACUGGAGGAUGAAAUUCAUUUUUUCCAGGGAAGGGUUUCAAAACUUGAAAGUGAUCUUGUGUCAAAGUCCACAGAAGUUACAUUUGCAGUUUCAGGGAAAGAAGAAGCUUUAUCUUCUGCAUUUGCUGAAAUUGACCGUUUGAAGGAAGAAAAUUCUGUAAAAACAUGAGCAUUAUUGCAUUAUAUUGAGGGUGUUUGCUGUGUUGGAGUAUAUUUGUUUCUUGCACAUGAGGGCACGCCUUAGUUGUAUGCAACCACUCUUCUUGUUGUAGGUCUCAGAUGGUGGAAUUGGAAAUUCAGAUCUCUUCUUUAAAGGAAGAUCUUGAAAAGGAGCAU